CCCUGACUCACAGAGAGCCCCUUCCUGUGCAGUCAGAUAGCCGGCUAGAUCCCGAGUUCCCUUUACCACAGGGAAAGUCGGCGCUCAGCUACUUGUCCAAUGGACUUCAUGACUUCAUCUCAGCUAAGAGUGGAGAGCAGAUAGGAUUUGUUGGUGACCUGCAGAUCAGUGCUGGAGCCCUCUGCUUCAUCUCAGUGUGUUCGGUGCAGCAAUGGAGUCUUCCUCUGCUGACACCAAUUCAACUGACACAUACUCAACGCAUCUGUUUAAACCCCAAGACAUUCUCUCCAUGGUCAUUCUUAUCCUCACUUGUCUAUUGGGACUGCCAGGCAAUGGGCUGGUGCUGUGGGUGGCUGGCCUAAAGAUGAAGCGGACCGUGAACACAGUUUGGUUUCUCCAUCUCACCCUGGCUGACUUCCUCUGCUGCCUCUCCUUGCCCUUCUCCCUGGCUCACCUGAUUCUACAAGGACACUGGCCCUAUGGCUUGUUCCUAUGCAAACUUAUCCCAUCCAUCAUUGUCCUCAACAUGUUUGCCAGUGUCUUCCUGCUUACUGCCAUUAGCCUGGACCGCUGUCUGAUGGUACACAAGCCAAUCUGGUGCCAGAAUCAUCGGAAUGUGAGAACAGCCUACGCCAUCUGUGGAUGCGUUUGGGUGGUGGCCUUUGUGAUGUGUGUACCAGUAUUUGUACACCGAGAACUGACCAUUAUAGACAAUUAUAGUAUAUGUUCCUAUAAUGUUGAUUCCCACAGGUCCUUUGAUUAUUGGGACUACUACUACUACAAUAUAGAUCUACCAGAAAGCAAUUCUACUUACAACUCCACUGCUCAGCUAACAGGACGAAUGGAUGACAGGCCUUCCUCUUUACAAAUAAGUGAUCACCUUUGGACAGCUGUCACUAGCCUCCAGUCACAAACAUUCCAAAGAUCUUCUGAAGAGCCAUUCCCUCUAGAUUCAGCAAGACUAUCUAGUCAACAACCCCAUUACAGUGUAAAAGCUCCCAGUGCGCUCUUAGCCACCAGAGCCAGUGGGUUUCCUCUUGAAGAUCACAGAACCAACACACAGAACCCUGAUGCUUUUCUCUCUGCUCAUAGACAGAUUUCCCCUACUGCUUCCAGCAGUUAUGUAUCUCACCCUGAGCAGUCACAAGAUUUCCAGGAUGAUUAUUUUGCCCAGUCCACGUAUAACAAUCAUGCACUAACCCCUCUGGCGGCAAUGACCAUCACAAGGCUGGUGGUGGGCUUCCUGGUGCCCCUUUUUAUCAUGGUGGCUUGUUACAGCCUCAUUGUUCUCCGAAUGCGAAAAACCAACUUCACCAAGUCUCGGAGCAAAACCUUUCAGGUGGCCCUGGUGGUGGUGACUGUCUUUUUUGUCUGCUGGACUCCAUACCAUAUUGUUGGAGUCCUAUUAUUGAUUGCUGACCCAGGAACUUCUUUGUGGAAAGCUGUGUUACCCUGGGACCACAUGUCCAUUGCUUUAGCAUCUGCCAAUAGUUGCUUCAACCCCUUCCUUUAUGCUCUUUUGGGGAAAGACUUUAGGAAGAAAGCAAGACAGUCCAUAAAGGGCAUUCUGGAGGCAGCCUUCAGUGAAGAGCUCACACACUCUACCAACUGUACCCAGGACAAAGCCUCUUCAAAUAGAAACAAUAUGAGUACAGAUGUGUGAAGAUGUGGAGCUGGGGACCUAAGCAGAUGUUCUCAGCUGAAUCCUGAAAAAAGUCAGCAUGAUGAGCAGGACACUUUAGACAAUCUGGUGGCCCUCAGAUAGGGAUCUCUGACUAUUGACAUAACAUCAUUUGGAAACAUAAAAGAUGCGAAUUUCCAAGUCCCAUCCCAGGCUUGUUGACUCAGAAUCUCUGGCCCCCGGGGACCAGUGUUUUAACAGGUCCUCUUGUUUCUGAUUAACAUUAAGUUUUACAGUCAUUUGGCUUAGUCUAUUCCUAUCCCUAACUAAGCUGUGCAAGAUAACUUUCUCAUCUGUUUUCAAUAUUAAUCUUUUUUCCUUAGCAUCAUCUAAAUCAUCUUUUAGUUUGCACAGAAGGCUGUUUUUAUUGUCCUGAGUGAAAGAUAUUCAUUCAUUGUACAGCUUUAUCGUGGUGAUGGUUGUAAGUGGAGAAAAAUAAAAGACACAAUAAAGAAAAGGCCCAUGAAAGCAAGUAGGAAUGAGUUAGACACUGGAACAGAAUACAACGCCAAAUGCUUGCACUGGAAGCAUCCUUGGGUAAUUCCAGGUGCCCAUGAUUACCCCUAAAUGAGUACAGAUGCACAUGAACACUUUCCUACUCGUGGAGUGUUUUGGAGGCUGUGGUUGGAGUGUUCUCUUCCCUGUGUAUUCGGUCUGUUCAUAGAGCCAUCUAUGCCCCCCCCUUUU